AUGAAGCUGAUUGGUGUAGUGAUUUUAGGGUGUCUUAUCUCUACGCAGGCGUACCCAACUUUGGGGCCUGUCGCUCUCGGCACUAGCGUAGCAACAGAGGUGGCCCUUGGAGCUGGCGUAGCAACAGAGGUGGCUGGUUCUGGAGCUGCUACAGCAGCAGUUGGCGCAUCCCUUGCUACAGGUGCAAGUCUAGGACAUGGAAUAACUGGUAACGGACUUGCCAACGGAAUUGGGAGCCAUGGAAUCUCUGUUGAUGUGUUCAUCAGCACAUUGCAAACAGCUUUUGGUUCGGUGAAAACUAGUGAUAGUGCCGUAUGUGUUGGAUUGACUGCAGCAUUCCAAAUAGCGCUAGAAACUUGCAGAGGCAAAGAAGCAUUUGUCAAUGAUGCCUUCGUCACAGCAUUCAAGACGGCCUUAGCCGCGAAAAAGGCGAAAGAGGAAUUAGUUUUCCAUCACUUUAUUGGCGCUUUUAGAUCUGCUGUCGAAGUCGCGAAGGUCAAGGAUUGCCUGAUCUCCGAAGGCUUCUUAACUUCUUUCAAAUUAGCGUUGCAAGCGGAGAAGACUGUUUCGGCCGUCGGUUUUCUAGAUGCUUUUAAUUCUGGGUUCUGGCCUGAUGGUAUUUUCCAUGGAAGCCCCGUUGAUAAGGGUUUUUCGGUUGACGUUUUUGUGCAAACUAUGGUUUCCAUCUUUGGAGCUAAAGAUGGUCUAAUUACUGGUGUUUUAAUCCAGAAGUCACUUACAACGUUUGGUCAAUGUAAAGGUCUUCCGUCUACAUUUGUGCCAGCUUGGAAGAAGGCGUUUGAUUCAUGUAUAGGCGUAGAAAGUUCCGUUUCCUUGGACGUUUUUGUAACUGCUUUCAAGAAGACUUCAGGCUGGAAAUCAGUGCCUAUAGAUUGCUUAACGGCAAUCAAAUCUCCAGAAAAUCUUCGUGCGUUCCCAGAUGGAGGAGUAGACAAACUUAAAUCAGCUUUUCCAGGAUUAGAUGGAUUAAAACCUAAUCUUCCCGCACCCGGUUCCAAUCCUGAUCCCGAACCAGCUGGCCCAGGUUCUAAUCCUGAAUCACCAACUAGUCCUGAAAGCACUCCGGACCUUGAUGAUUUUUCGCCAACAAACCCCGAGUCUCCUGAUUCAACAUUGCCUAGUGACGAUGGUUCACUAUCAAACACACCAGCAUCUGGUGAUGAUGGUUCACCAUCUAAUACUCCUUCAACUACAACUGGCGAUGACUCUGUAAUUGACGGAGAAGGACCUGAACCUGAUGUACCUACAAAAGCUUUAUUAAAUAAUAAACCAGCGAAGGAAAAACUUACUGAACAAGCUUUAAAAGAUGGAGCUGUUGCUAAAUCAGUAGCAGGUAGUACUGCACAAGCUGGAAAAGAUGGAGCUGUUGCUAAAUCAGUAGCAGGAAGUACUGCACAAGCUGGAAAAGAUGGAGCUGUUGCUAAAGCGGGAGCAGGUAGUGUUGCACAAGCUGGAAAAGAUGGAGCUGUUGCUAAAGCGGGAUCAGGUAGUGUUGCACAAGCUGGAAAAGAUGGAGCUGUUGCUAAAGCGGGAGCAGGCAGUGUUGCACAAGCUGGAAAAGAUGGAGCUGUUGCGAAAUCAGUAGCAGGUAGUACUGCACAAGCUGAAAAAGGUGGAGCUGUUGCUAAAUCAGUAGCAGGAAGUACUGCACAAGCUGGAAAAGAUGGAGCUGUUGCUAAAGCGGGAGCAGGUAGUGUUGCACAAGCUGGAAAAGAUGGAGCUGUUGCUAAAGCAGGAUCAGGUAGUGUUGUACAAGCUGGAAAAGAUGGAGCUGUUGCUGAAGCGGGAGCAGGCAGUGCUGCACAAUCUGGAAAAGAUGGAGCUGUUGCUAAAGCGGGAUCAGGUAGUGUUGCACAAGCUGAAAAAGAUGGAGCUGUUGCUAAAGCGGGAGCAGGCAGUGCUGCACAAGCUGGAAAAGAUGGAUCUGUUGCUAAAGCGGGAGCAGGUAGUGUUGCACAAGCUGGAAAAGAUGGAGCUGUUACUAAAGCGGGAGCAGGUAGUGCUGCACAAGCUGGAAAAGAUGGAGCUGUUGCUAAAGCGGGAGCAGGUAGUGUUGCACAAGCUGGAAAAGAUGGAGCUGUUGCUAAAGCGAGAGCAGGUAGUGUUGCACUAGCUGGAAAAGAUGGAGCUGUUGCUAAAGCGGGAGCAGGCAGUGCUGCACAAGCUGGAAAAGAUGGAGCUGUUGCUAAAGCGGAAGCAGGCAGUGCUGCACAAUCUGGAAAAGAUGGAGCUGUUGCUAAAGCGGGAUCAGGUAGUGUUGCACAAGCUGGAAAAGAUGGAGCUGCUGCUACAUCAGAAGCAGGUAGUGUGGCAACUGCUGGAAAAGAUGGAAGCACCGCUGUAGCGGGCAGCGCCGCGUCUGCGGUCUCUAAUGGUUCUGGUGGUACAGCUGCUGCAACAGCAGCCAGCGUGGCAGCUUCUGGAAAAAAUGGAUCCGUUGUUGCAAGCGGUACUGCUACUGCUGUGGCUUCUGGUACCGGCGGAGAUAGCGCGCCAGAGCCUUGUGAUGACUCACCAGCCGGCAGUUCUGGUCCAGGUGGUCUAGUCGGUGGACUUGUAGCACAGAAGAAAGCUGAGAUUUCGUUAGGCGUAAACUUAGCAUCAAGCCUUACUGGCUAAUCCUUUUAUUAAAUACAUUUAUUAUCUGUA